AUGCCGAUUCCUAUUGAAAAUUGUGUUUUCUCUACAAUUGCAAGAGCUCUUAAAACAGUAUUCAACAGAUACGGAAUUCCGAAGUUAUUACAUUUUGAUCAGGCAACCUAUUUUACAUGUUCCCAGAUGAAAGAGUUUGGAGAAACUCAGAAUAUAAAGAUAGAGUACGCAGAUGCUAACGUUCACAAAAACGUGCUUGUAGAAAGAGCUAUUAAAUCUUUGGAGGAAACAAUUGGUAGAUGUAUAGAUAGUAAUCAAAAUGUUGAACCUACAGUAAUUGAUCGUGAUAGAAAAUAUCAUGACUUGAAAUUGGGGACAUUUGAGGCAUAUAAUGCCAUGUAUAAUACUAUGUUGAAUAAUCGUAUGAAGUAUGCAGAUAAAUUAGAUAUUAAGAAAGAUGUGAUUCCAAUAGGAUCUCAGAUAUAUGUGAAGAAAGGAAUAAGGGAUUCAAAACUCAAUUACGUUUACCAGGAACCGUUUGAAGUAGUGGAUGCAAAUUUUUUAACAGUCUGGUAUAAACCACUAGUCACGAAAAAGUAUCAACGUAAUAUUAUCAAACGUUGUCAUGUUUCUCAAGUUAAAAUAAUUACUCACAUCAGUAAAGAAGAAUAUAUUAGAAAUGAAUUUAAGAAAUCAAAUAUCGAUAAAGGAGUAGUUGAGGUAAAAGAGAAACCAAAGAAAAUAUUAAAUGAAGAAGAUUCUAAUAAGAAAGGAACACGUGAUAAGCAGAAACAGAAGAAGGAGUUGUUACAAACAAUUAAUAAUUCUGAUAUUAAUCUUAAGAAGAGAUCUAGAGGUAGAUUUCGUAAAUCUCAAAGUGUUGUGAAGCGUUGUAGAGGUAGACCUCGUAAAACUCAAGAUGUUGUUAAACGUCGUAGGGGUAGACCUAGAAAAUUAGUAUAG